AUGCAUAGCACAGCCAGUAACUGCAUGCAAGCUAGCUAGCUCACACGAUAGAGCUUAUUGGGAGCUUUCAGCUAGCAUGUAUCUAGUGAGCCAUGGAGCUCAUCCUGCAGCUAGAAGCAAAAACUGCAGCACAAGCAGUGGUAACCGUCUUCUUCUUCUUCCUCCUCCCUCUCGCUCUUCUGUUCUACUUUGCACGAGCCGCAAUAAGUUCCAGGGAUAGUAAAACUCGUGAGUUAAUUCUGAGCAAGCUCCCUUCGCCGCCGUUCAAGCUACCGGUGAUCGGGCACAUGCACCUCAUCGGCCCCCUCCCGUACGUCUCCCUCCGAGACCUCGCCGCCAAACAUGGCCGCGACGGCCUCAUGCUCGUCCGCCUCGGCUCCGUCCCCACCCUGGUCGUCUCCUCGCCGCGCGCAGCCGAGGCCGUCCUCCGCACCCACGACCUCGCCUUCGCGUCGCGGCCGCGCUCCAUGGUCACCGACAUCAUCAUGUACGGGGCGCUGGACUCCUGCUUCGCCCCCUACAGCGACCACUUCCGCAGCGUCAAGAAGGUGGUGACCGUCCACCUGCUCAACUCCAAGAGGGUGCAGGCCUACCGCCAUGUCCGGGAGGAGGAGGUGCGGCUGGUGAUGGCGAGGCUCCGCGGCGCGGCGGCGGCGGCGGCGGCGGUGGACUUGAGCCAGACGCUGCAGUUCUUCGCGAACGACCUCAUCUGCCGCGCGGUGUCGGGCAAGUUCUUGUGCGAGCAAGGGAGGAACAAGGUGUUCCGGGAUCUGAUGGAGGCGAACAGCAAUCUGCUGGGAGGGUUCAACCUGGAGGCCUACUUCCCGGGGUUGGCGAGGAUGCCUCUCAUCAGCAAGCUCAUCUGCGCCAGGGCCAUCAGGAUCAGGAGGAGGUGGGACCAACUCCUCGACAUGCUCAUCGACGACCAUGUAGCCUCAGCUCGCGAUCGCGCUAAAAACGACGACGACGACUUCAUCCAUGUCCUUCUUUCCCUCCAGGACGAGUAUGGCUUCACCAGAGACCAUAUCAAGGCCAUAUCAAUAGACAUGUUUGAAGCUGGUACAGAUACAUCACACCUAGUUCUAGAAUAUGCUAUGGUCGAGCUCACACGCAAACCACACAUUCUAACAAAGCUACAAGAUGAGGUGAGACGCAUCACACCGAAAGGACAACAUAUGGUAACCGAAGAUGAUAUCGUCGGCAUGGUCUACUUGAAGGCUGUCAUCAAGGAGACACUUCGGCUACAUGCACCGGGAGGUUUCACUAUUCCCCACCUCGCCAGAGAAGAUUGCAACGUUGAUGGCUACAUGAUCCCAGCAGGAACACGUGUACUUAUUAACUUGUGGGCACUUAGUAGGGAUGCUAAUUACUGGGACAAGCCAGAUGAGUUCUUACCCGAGAGAUUCAUGGAUGGAAGUAAUAAGAACACCGACUUUAAGGGGCAAGACUUCCAGUUCUUGCCAUUUGGAUCAGGACGAAGAAUGUGCCCUGGAAUUCAUUCUGGAAAGGUCACACUCGAGAUUAUGUUGGCGAACCUCGUAUACUGUUUCAACUGGAAGCUACCGUCAGGGAUGAAGAAGGAGGAUAUCGAUAUGACAGAUGUGUUUGGAUUGGCCAUACAUCGGAAGGAGAAGCUCUUCUUAGUCCCGCAAAUUGCUAAUUAUUGAGGAUAGAUAUAUAUGCUGUGCAACAUUGUGUCGAUAUAUAUGCAUCCUGCAUAUAUAGCCAUGCAUGCGGUACAACAUUGGGUCAAGGUCUACAGUAUCCAUCUAAAUUAAUUAUCAGUGUUAGAUGUUAUCGUGAGUACAGUCCUGUAAGUGUGUUCAACUACUUGUAGAAUAAGCUAUUCUUAGCACAUGUCAACUUACAAUGUUUGCAUAAAAGUAUAACAUUUGUGUCGCACUCCAUUUGUACUUUUGGAUGUACAUCAACAAAACCUUCAUUGGCCCUUGUUGGAAUCCUAACUACCGUGGUGAAUUUUUUUUUAAAAAAGAAUGAUAUGAUUGGCUUUCACUUUUAGGUCAUAGCUCAAUUCGUACAUGUCGAAAUGCAAGUUAAAUUCAGAAUCCAAACAAGGCCAAUAAUCGCCUAACAUUUGCAGCCCAAGCUAGAUACACUGGACUUCAUGUUAGCGUAGUACAUGUACACAGUGUAGCCCAUCCAAUACGGCCCGGCCCAUCUACUGACCAUCAUUUUGCUUGCAUUUU